GUACGGGAGUGUGUGUUCCAGGGUGCCCAACCUGGAAUCUCAAGGCAUCGCUUGCGACAAAUACCAAACCCAGAGAAACUUCUCUCAAUCCUCACGAAAUCGAGAUUUUCAAUCUUAACACACUUUCAAUUCCGAAUCACUUGUUACAUCUAAAAACGGAAGUCGGGAGGGAAAAUCCAGGAUCUUGAGCUCUAAUGUUGGAUGAGUGUUUGGUUCUGUGUUAAGGGAAAAAAAGUUCAAAAAGGGAAUUUUGGGAAUUUAAAGAGCUGGGAUUCUCUCCAUAAAAUAAAUAAAUUAAAAAGAAGAGAAAUGAUCAAGCUUUGCUUAAUGGCUUCUAAUGGGUGCCCUCCUGGUCCGGAACUUGUUCUUCACCGAGAACAAGGCGUCAGCAGGGUGAUCAAGAAAUGGCCAUCCUCCUUGCCAUGUAAAAUAAUGAAACCAGAGAUGGCAUCAACAAGUCCCUUUGAUCUGAAGUGCAACGGAAUCCAAGGGCAGCCGAAAACGGUUCCCCUACUUUGUGAGCCUAAACUGAUCGUUCAUGUUGAUCCAAAAGCACAAACACCUGUGGUUAUUGAUAAACCAGUUGCUUAUCUAGACACAUCACUCUUUAGCUGUGGGAUAGCCGAGAAGUGCACGUUACAUGAAAAAUUCUUGAAGUUUCUUAUGUCUGGACUAAAGGAUGUGGACAGAGGGGAACUUUAUUUAUCUUUGCUAUCCAAUUUGAUUCCACCAUUGAUAUUUGGUGUGCAUCAGCAGCCUUCUGCUUCUCUGAUUUAUCCAAGCAGCGCAUUUGAUGGCAAGGAGAAGCCUCUUCCGGGCUUUGUAGGAGAGAUGAUUUGUGAUUCAAGACUUACAGUUAAUUCAGAUGGUCAAGUUGUAUUUGCGGAUAGUGGGACCGAGAUAAAAGACAUACUUUCAGUUGUUGCUGAAUUUCACUUAUCAAGCAACUCGACUAAAUGGAGAAUGCAGUCAGGAUUGGUGCCAUACUUCUACUGGAAACGGAGCAAAAAAGUGCAUGCUAGUAUGAACCUCUCACCACAGUUUGAUCUUUCCAGUGUUGCACCUCCAAAAAGUCCGGAGAAACUCAAGCUCAACCCAUCGCGAAAAAUGAAGACGUCCAAGAAGUUAAGCAGGGAGAGAAAUCUCUACACAGCAAAUUAUUUCCAUGCAUGCGAGACCCUUCUUUCUUUGAUGGUAAAUAGGCGACGGACCGGCAAAACAGUAAUUCUUUCCCUGAAAAAAUCUGGCCCUGAACUUCCUCACCUCUUGGCCCAAUUCUCUACCAGCAUCGCCGGGACUGGUCUUGCUGUUCUUUUUUCUCUUCUCUGUGGGUUAGCUUACACGAGAGCUCCAUUCUGUACAUCUAAACUCUUUAGCACCAGCCUCGGGUUGGGGCUAGUUUGGCUCUCAUGGGCAGUUAACAGACUAAGGGACACGAUUGUACAAAUGAGCAAGAAUGGGAGCAAGUCGGGUCUGAAUGAAAAAGAGAUGAUUAAGAGAGUCGAGAAGAGUGUUAACGACAUUUACUUCAGGGCUGGAACGUUGAUGGCUAUAGCAAUGCUAAGAUUUGCAUGAAUUUGGAAGACAACUCAUAUUUCCACAACAAAACCUUAACAUCUAUGCUAAUCCUUUAUGGUCUUGUGAUGAUCUUGACCUCAUAUGAGGAGGACCUCCAGAGUGGAGAGGAAGGUACAAACUUGCAUAAAUUUAAACUAUGAUUUGUCGUUGCCGGAGCCUAUGCUACUCGGAACAAAUAUAGUUGGGAGCAAAAACUUGAAAAGAUUACUAGAACUGGUACUGGUCUUAAAUA